AUGUUGUACAUCAGUCUGUGUACCAGCUUUCUUACUUCAGAACAUAACCUUCCCCUGCAGGAGAUUCUUCUGCCUGAAAACUCCCAUCUUCUUGAGAGAUCAUUUACCGUCCGCUUCCGCUGCCUUCUAGAUAAUACAUCCGGAUUCUUGAGAUUAGAUAUCAGAGGUAGAAUUAAAACCCUUCAUGGACAGAACAGAAAAACAGAAGAGCCUCCCCUAGCUCUCUUCUGUAUCUGUACUCCCUUCGGACCCCCCUCACUCCUAGAGAUGCCUCAGAAGGAGGUCAUGUUCAAGUCCAAGCACAAGCUUGAUCUUGGCAUGGUCUCCUUUGACCCCCGAGGUCGGGAGGUUCUUGGGUUUAAUGACGGUGAGGUCGCUAACCUCGGUAUUUAUGACCUCGUUCAUCCUGAUGACCUUGCUUAUGUUGCCAGUGCGCAUGGAGAGUUGUUAAAGACUGGUGCUAGUGGAAUGAUAGCGUAUAGAUUGCAGUGCAAGGAUUUAAGCUUCCAAUAUCUUCAAACCUCAUCUAGACUUGUCUACAAGAAUAGUAAACCUGAUUUUAUUAUCUCUACCCACAGACCUCUGACAGAUGAGGAGGGGAAAGAUUUGUUAGGGAAGCGAACCAUGGACUUUAAAGUAUCGUAUUUGGAUGCAGGGUUCGCCACAUCGUACUUUGAUAGUGAUUCUAAUAGUUCGACUACAGGGCCUAAACUUAACCACAGACGAUACAAAACCCAGCUUAGAGACUUUCUAUCCUCGUGUAGAACUAAACGAAAACCUUUAGCUAAUGAUAUAUACGGAGAGAGUGGAGGUUUUCCUGCAUAUCCAACCCCGGGUAUGUAUCCAGGGAGUGUUGGUAGUUCUAUACCUGGAUAUCCCUCUCCGGAUACAACCCUAUAUAUGCAGCAGAACCUUGCAUCUCCAGCUUAUCAGAGUAUAUAUCCGGGGGUAGAUAAUAGAUAUCUAGCUGCUACAGACUACUUUACAGCUGCUGGGUAUAGAUCACUAGGCAGCUACUAUCCAGAAUAUGCUGCUCAUGCAGCUCUAGGCAAUGGCUAUUUAGAUGUAGCUGGCAGCGGUAGGAUACAUUCUUUAGCUUAUGAUCAGAAGCUGGCAGACGCUGAUAAGCUUUACAGCAGCUCCGCAGCUGCUGCUUAUAUGUCAGAUCCAAGGCUGUGCAGCUCUCUACGCUUACCAGAUAAUAAAAACGGUAAGGAUCGAUUGGAGGGUGAUGGUAAACUUGUUGUAAAGGAAGAGGGUGGUUUAAACCCAGAAUAUUCAUUAAACCAUGAUACAUCAUAUACCCUUCCUGACCAAAUACAUGGGAUUAACACCCCUGUGCUCUACAUGUGCCCUGAGAGUCCCAAGUUACACUUCGACCCUCGCCAAGUACAUUCUCCUAGUGUACGUCUAAACAGUCCAGCGGAGUCACCAAGAACUUCAGGUGAUCCUCCUGCCUCUUCUUCAUCUCCUUCUUCUUCAUUCUGUACCUUCAGUUUAUCAGACAUUUGUGGAGUGGCGGCCAUUAGUACAGAUUCUGUGUCUCAGACACAGGAGGUACAACCAGCACAUACAGCACACAGCACAAACUAAAUGUCGAGGGGGGGGGGGUAGUAAUGUUGGGUACUUUCCCUUUAUUUUCCAAACAUAAUCAAUUCCCAAGGGUUAGUCCUCAAGUGGUAAUUCAAAAAGUGAACAUUUCUCUUAAUAAGAUAUUUCUGAAAAUUUUACAUUUGUCCCAGCCGCAACGUUGGGAAAAUGUCAUUUGGGAUGAAUUAAAAUUGGGAAACUAAAUAUUUGGGGAUGAAAGCAACAAUCUUGAGAAAGUACCAAACGGUGGGUAGAACAGGGCCACAGUAUCCUUAGAAAGGUCAUGUGAUCAAAUUCCACCUCAAAUCAACAUUUUUUUCUGUCAUUUAAAAUAUAACAAUGCAUUCUGCCAAUUAUGAAAAUUAUUAAAUUACAGAGGAAACCUCCAGCUCCCCAACUUUAGAAUGUGACACAGAGGACUUUUAAACAUUGUCACCUUCCGACCCGGCACAUUUCUACACAGUCAUUUAUACUCAGACAUUUCUUCGAUUAGGAGCCGUGGUUUCAUCUUGGGAAAAAAGUUGAAUUGGUGGAAUUGUUCUUGAUGUCCCUAGGGUAUAAUUUGCACCCUAACUCUAAUCCUAUACCACUAAAAGUUAAAGACAGUAGCAGCCUAGCUUUCAAUGCACAGUGGGCUUAACAGAGACGUUUUUAACUUUGGUUUCUGAUGAGUUCGCUGAAUUUAUGAAUAAAUGCAAAGUUGUGGACUCACAACUAAACUUUUUAGAUUAAUUCAAGGAACUUUGGAAUUUCAACUCACAGUUUCUAGUACACAGUCAAUCUAGUUCACAGUUGUACAUAGUACAUAGUCAAUCUAGUAAACAGACGGUCUAGUACACAGUUGGUCUAGUACACAGUUUCUAGUACACAGUCAAUCUAGUUCACAGUUGUACAUAGUACAUAGUCAAUCUAGUAAACAGACGGUCUAGUACACAGUUGGUCUAGUACACAGUUGGUCUAGUAACCAGUUGGUCUAGUACACAUUUGGUCUAGUACACAGUUGGUCUAGUACACAUUUGGUCUAGUACACAGUUGGUCUAGUGCACAGUUGGUCUAGUGCACAGUUGGUCUAGUACACAGUUGUUCUAGUACAAACAAAUAUCUAAAAUAUAAAUGUUUCUGUUGUACAAAGCUUAUUAAAGAGUAUCUCUGAAAAGCAUAGUUUAAUAAGUUCUUAAAAAGUUGGUACACAUUGUUUUAUAUUUGAGUAAACCUUUUUAUACCAGUCAAACAAUAUUUUUGCAUUUUUCUAUUAAUUCUGAACUGUACACUUAGUGUAAUUUUCAAACCUAUUUCGACAGAAGUUCAAAGUCUAAAGUAGAAAAAUUCAAAACAAUUUAAGUCAUUGUCUCUGACUAUGUUUUUUUCAUGUUAUAGUUUUGAAAACACUUUUUUCUCACAAAUUUUUAAUACUUAAGUGUGUUCCAGUUUAGAGAGCAUACCAUAAAUAAGAUGACUUACAUUUUAAAGGGAGUUAUUUAAAAAUUGGUAAAUCUCUUUUUCGUUUGGAAGUUCGUAAAGAAUUAAAGGUCUUAAUUUGUUUGGCACUAUAUACCCCCUUUUCAAAAUAAAUAAAUGAAAAUAGAAAUGCAUUUUUUGGUUGUUAAUUGAUUUCUGCAUGAGGUUACAUCUCUCCGUGACCCUGUUAAAAUCUGGUAUUGAAACCUGAAUUUAAAUCUUAUAUUUGGCUCACUGUGCAUUGCCUGGGGCUACUAUAAAAUACUAAUUAGCUCAGUGUCGCCACUUCUGUAUCACUACUAGACCAGGGGUAGUUACUAUCCACCAUAUUUAUAAAAUCUAAAAAUAUCGAAAUUAAAAAAGAUUUUUUGUUUAAAUUAAAAAAAUAAGUUCUUGUUGAGGAGGGUAUGUUGAAAAAAUGUCCCUGGUCUACUCAAAACUUGUCAGACCUAGAAAAAGGAGACGCCUGUAAAUAUAUGAAAAUAUGGACAUACACAACAAUUUGUUCAAUUAUGUAUAUUUGACUUCAAUCUAUUUAAAA